AAUAUUUCAAUAUAUAUAUUUCUAAUUUCAUCAUUUUUCUAUCCGAACCAUAGAUAAUGCACCUAAUUUAUUUUGAUUAAGUCAGCUGUUUCAUUUAUUUUAUGUAUAUAUUUGUUUAAUGACAGCAGUAGUAAAAUAUUAACAGGGUAUUAAAAAUAGUUUUUUAUAUGGGAAUAAUGGUUUAGAUUGUUCUAAGAAAUGUCUAGGAUUAGGGAAAUUGCAACCAAAGCGCAAAACAAAAUAUCAGAGUCACGUUUAGAUGUUAGCACAAAUGGGUCCAUCAGAAAGAAAACUGAAGACCAGACGACCACGUCGAAAGAUGAGAAGCGCCAAAUCAACGAGUUGCUACAUAAGUUACCAAAAUUGGAUAAAAUAUUUGAAGUACACCGCAAGAUAGGGGAGGGUACUUUCAGUUCGGUGUACCUUGGCUCGUUGCGACAGCAUGCAGACCUGCCUGCUACGCAGAAGCGAUGGUUUGCCAUUAAACACCUGGUGCCCACCGCACACCCAGCACGGGUUGAGCAUGAGCUUAGGUGUCUGCAGGAUAUGGGGGGUAAAGACCAUGUGAUUGGUGUGGAGCUUUGUCUGCGUCACUUGGACACUAUAGUGUUUGUGAUGCCCUACAUACCCCACAGGAAGUUCUCAGAAUAUGUUGGAGAUAUGGAUGCUGCUGAACUGCGGAGGUACAUGCGCGCUCUAAUGAUAGCCCUGAAGAGGGUCCACUCGUUUGGUGUGAUACAUCGGGACGUAAAGCCAAGUAACUUUCUCUAUGAUCGAGAGAAUCAAAGAUAUCUUCUAGUCGACUUCGGUCUCGCUCAGCGCCUGUGUCCUCCGCCCGACGAGCCGCAACGGGAGCCCGCGUCGCCGCUCGGGCCUCCGCCCGCGCACUCCAACAAUACCCGCAAACGAGUCAGGUGUGAGGACGAGUCCCCGCCGGGGGCUAAGCGUGUGGCGCUGGACCUGCGGGUGGGCGCGCGGGCGGGGGCGGGGCCGGGGGCGGUGGGGGCGGCGUGCGCGUGCGCGGGGGCGGGCGCGGUGUGCGGGGCGUGCGGGGCUCGUCCGGCGGCGCGGGCGGCGCGCGCGGGCACGCAGGGCUUCCGUCCGCCGGAGGUGCUCCUGAAGUACCCGCACCAGACCACGGCCGUGGACAUGUGGGCGGGCGGCGUGGUGCUGGCCAGCGCGCUGACGGCGCGGUACCCGUUCUUCCGCGCCGCGGACGACGUGUCCGCGCUGGCCGAGCUCGCGGACCUGCUCGGCACGCACGCCCUGCAGCGGACCGCCGCCGCUCUAGGGCGGCGACUGGUGACGUCGACGUGGCGACGAGGCCUGUGUCUGCGCAAGCUGUGCGCCAGACUGCGCGGCGGGGCCCCGCCCCCGGCCGCGGGCCCUCACACGCCGGGGCCCGGGGGGCCCGCGGGGCCCCCUUGCGAGCGCUGCAGACUGCCGCCGCACCACUGCCUCUGUCUCGACGACGGGUUCAAGGCGGAGGAGGUGGUGCGGUCGCGGGUGGUGGCGGGGUUCCCGGACGCGGCGUUCGCGCUGGUGGCGCGGCUACUGGAGCCCGACCCGCGCCGCCGCAUCUCCGCCUCCGACGCGCUGCUGCACCCCUUCCUGAGGGAGCCGUGACCGGAGCCCGACCCCCUUUCGUCUCUACCGUUCGUAUCAAAUUAAGUGACAAAGAACAUGCUAUGUUAGGUUUUAAUAAGUAGACUAUAAGGUGCCUUUUUGAUUGCACACCGCGCGCUUCCCGGGGCCAAUGCCGGCUGUGAAUAUACAUGCUUGUACGGGAUGCAUCCUUAUUUGGAAUCCCUUUUUUAUUUAAGAGUUGAUACUUUGUUAUUGUUAAAAGAAUGCAAGAGAUAUUAUUGCGACGCGCGUACGAUUGUGUAGUUAUUAAGUAAUGUUUUAGUAAAUGUACAUUGAAAGGAUUCAUUAUACUGCUCACUACUAACGUUGAAUAGAAAUUGCAAGGAAAAUUCCAAUGAAAUCUGUAAAACAAAUUUGAACCCUCUUUAUACUCUUAUAGGGAACUAACUGUGCCUGCGAC